AUUCGUCUGUGUGCGCUUAAUGAUGAUUCAAGUGAAGAGAGUGACCACGAACCUACACAGGAAAGUGUCAAACAAGCCAAGGUAGGGAGUACGUUAAUUAUUAGCUGCAGUCGUACUGUGCAGCUGAUGAAUUAAUUGCGAAUGGAAGAGAAAUGAAUCAAUAAAUAAGAAAAAACAAACACACCAAACUAACCAUGUCAAGGGAGAUGUGUUGAGACAACAACACUUUAAAGUCUGGUUUUAAUAGCUGCACUCGUUGUGUUGUGUUUUCGGUUACACAGCCUGCUGACACAAUGCCUCGUGUUUAGUUAGGAGUCUUGUCUGCCAAGUAUGACAGGUAACACUAUCAAACCUGGUGCAUGUAAAGCACUUCCUAGGUGCGUGAAAUACAACCAUGCACACAUGGCUGUGGGGCUACCUCCUACUUUACAGCUUCUGUGUGUAAUGUUAUGAAUUUGUUGUGAGCUAUCAGUGCUAUGGUGUAAAGACUUGUAUGUACACCUGCCAUACUCGGCAGGCUGGCAAGGAGACUAAACUUCUUUUCAUUCAGGUUUUUUAAUGAGUUGUAGUGAACUGUCACAGAAACCUGUCAAAAUAUUUAGAAGGGGUGGGGUGAGUAGCUAACAUGUCAUUCAGGUGGAGUGGUAGCACAAUUAGACACCUAAAAAUAGUUGUGGUUUGUGGAUCAGUUGAACCAAGGGGAGACAACAUGGACAUGGUAGAAACCCAAUCAUGCACAUCCCAUGAAAUUACUUCUAUUUAAGCCAGACAGCUGUUUGACUGAAAAUAAAACAUUAAUUACCAGUGUUUAAUCUGAUCAAUCUUUUAUUGGGUGAUUUAGUACCAUGAAGGAGUUAAUAACAUUAAUUGGCAACCAUAUAGAGUUUCAAAGCUGAUAUUUCAGGGCUCUGAUGAAGGGUAAACACUCAAAAUGUCAGCUUUGAAACUCUUUAUGGUGACGAAUUUAUGUUAUACUUUCCCACCAAUGCAGCACCACAGUUUCUUUUGAGACUUGCCCCCUGUAAUCAUUUAUUGGUUUAACAGGAAUCAGAGGCUCUGGAGUUGUACAACAAAGGCCUGGCCUUGCAGCAGAAAGGAGAUUAUACAGCAUCUGAGGAAGCAUAUAAUCAUUUGUUAAAUUCUGCUUUGGUCAAAGAGGUUAGCAGAAGGCUUGAGAAUAAUUUGUUCUUAGCAAUGUUGUUUUUGAUUUAUGUUUAUGGGAACUACUCAUGGGUUCUGUUACAGCUGAUAGCUCCUGGAAAGUUAAAGCUUUUAUGAGUCAAUGCUCUUCCAGCUCUAGUUCUAUUCCCUUUCUGUUACAAGAUUGUUUUUCUGUGAAUUUUAUAUGAACUUUCAAGUUUCCUAAAGUAAUAAAUCGAAAUGUUAUAAAUAACAAGGCUGCAUGCAAUACUUUCUUUAUCAGGCUCUGCCACCAGAUGAGGAUACUGGAUUAGUUGAACCUGGUCAUGUAUUGAAAUACUCAGCUUACAAGAAUCUGGCUUCAUUAGCAGAGAAGAGAGAACAAUGGGAAAAGUCUAUAGAUGCAUAUCUUCAGGUGACAUUAUGAUAGUUAAAACAAUCAUUGUUUCAUGCUUUAUUUUGUUUAUCCAACAGAAAUGUAAAAUCAUUUCAGGAUUUAUUUUUAGUUGGAAAAAAAAAACAGAGGGAUUCAUUGAUUUAGACAAAAUAUUUUCUAAGAGAAACCAACGAUGUUCCAUUCAGUUUCUUCUACAUAACAGUCUUUUAAAUUUUUUUUCAUACAUAUACAAGAGAUUUUGUCACAAACAUUGCAGCAGGUUGCUCAGUGAAGUAUGCUGAGAUCAAUUGACCUCAGUCUUGGUGGGGAUAAAGGCUAUGAUAUAAUGAGACACUUUUGCCCUACUGUUUUGUUUUAAUUGCAGGCUGUUGCACUUGAUGAUUCAGAUGUGACAGUAUGGCAUCAUCUUGGAAUGGUAGCACUGAAGACAUUUGAUCUUUGCUUGGCUCGACAUUCAUUUGAGGAGGUUUGUAUCACCCAUUCCUGUAAAUUACAAGGCACAACUUACAACAUUGGAUUUAAUGACAUUGGUACAAGUCUUUCAAUAAAUAAAAAUUCUCCUUCAAAGCAAGUCUCAGUAGAAUACAUGUGAAGGGAACUGAUCAAGCUCUAGGCCUUACAAUUGAGUUGAAUUUUGAUCUAUCAAAAAUAAUCAUAUACUAUUAAUUUUUUCAUUAAUUAAUGUGAAGAAAGUCUUAAAGUUAUACUGUUUGAUUGUAUUCGUUUCAGUUCUGCAACAGACACUAUUUUUUUAUUUGUUGUCUUCAUUAUUAAUAAAAGUUUGAGCCAAGGAAAAAAAGUAAACUUUAAAUUUAACCUUGGUUUAAAAAAUUUCAAAAAAGAAAAUAUUGGAAACUCCAACAGUAAAAAUGCCUUAGCCUCAGUAAUCAGUUUUCAGAAGGGGUUCUUGGCCUCUCUUGAGUCUUGGGCUUGAUCAUUUACCAUCCUUUUAUUAAAGAUAAGCUUAAGUUGCUGUUAUGAUUCUCUACCUUGUUUUCUAUGUUAUCUCACAAAGGGUUUGAAGUGUAAUCCAAAGCACUGGCCUUGUUUAGACUUGCUCUGUACAGUGCUGUAUGCCAUUGGGGAUUACUACAGUAAGUUAUUUAUUGUAUGCUUCCUUGCAUUUGGAAUUUAACCCUAAUUUCACCCUAACAUUAAUAUUCAUAUUCUCCACACUGUUCUCUCUACAUUUCCUACAGUUCUGACAGGGAGAAUAUGUUUGACAAUCAGGAGCUUCAUAAAUUUAUUCUCAUGACCUUAAUGUUUGAUUCAAGGGUGACACAGUAAGGAGUUAAUUGUAGGAAUAUGUCCUAUAUUUGUGAAAGUUUAUUCUAAGUUCAACACCUCAAUACAUCUUUUUGGACGAUAUCUUUUUUUCUGAUGAACAGCAUGCCUAGUUGUGAUUUCGAAGGCCUUCGAGAGGGAUGAAGAAUAUCCUAAAGGCAAGCUUUGA